ACAAAACCUUUUGCAAAUCCAAUAAAUUUGACACAGAUUCCACUUCACAAAUGACGUUGGAACAAAGUUGAUUCGACCAGUUUGUGCCCAGUGGGAUGUGUACUGGCAUUGGACCAAGACAAACUGGACCAAGACAGAGCGGAAUAAAGUACACCAUGAGCCCAACUUCCAGGAUUCUGCAAAUACUGAGGUAAAUACUCAGAUCUUUGCUCUCUGCUACAAAACCGUCUGACAAUCAGCCCAUUCUUCCACCCACCCAACACCCACCUCUGCACUUUUGCAAUCCGGGACGACAGCCAAUCAGGACCUGACUUGUCUCCCUUUCCCAGCUGCUGUGCUCUCCACCUGAAGUGUGUGUGUAUGUAGGAUUACCUGGGAGUCUGUGUCGACACCAUGGCUUUGGUCCAGGUGCUCAGAGUCCUGUGCUGCCUGCUGCUCACUUAUCACCUGGGUGAUGCCAGGAGAAUCAAGGGAAGUGGAACAGAUAAAUGCUCUGAUGGAGAGCUGGGUGCCCGUUCUUGCUUCUGCUCUGAAGACCAGUCUUGGAGAUGUCAAUGUGAUCGUCACUGACUGGCUUUUACAGGCCAAUAUGAACUACCCUAACGCAGCCCAGAACACUAGGGCAGUGGGGAAAGACGUUGCAUUCCUGCUACAGUGGCUGCAGGAGUUUUACCAGUUUCCUGCAGAGAAAGUUCAUCUGAUUGGAUACAGUCUUGGUGCUCACAUCUCUGGAUUUGCUGGAAGCUACCUGGGAGGGCGUGGGAAGAUUGGACAAAUCACUGGUCUGGAUCCAGCAGGUCCCAUGUUUGAGGGCAUGGCAGCAUCAGACAGACUGUCCCCUGAUGAUGCCCUAUUUGUGGAUGCCAUCCACACCUACACUCAAGAACGCAUGGGGCUGAGUGUGGGCAUCAAGCAGGCUGUGGCACAUGUUGACUUCUACCCCAACGGUGGUGACUUUCAACCAGGAUGCCACCCUUUCCAGAGCUUAAUGGAACAUAUGGCCUUGCAUGGAAUCAAUGGUUUUGAGCAGACAGUGAAAUGUGCCCAUGAGCGUUCAGUCUACCUGUUCAUCGACUCCUUUCUGAACAAAGACAAGUAGAUCAUGGCCUACAGAUGCAGUGAUGACAAUGCCUUUGAGAAGGGUACCUGCCUGGACUGCCACAAGAACAAAUGCAACACGCUGGGCUAUAACGUCAGGAGGGUGCGCAGUGCCGCCGGCAAGAAGCUCUACCACAAGACCCGCUCUCACAUGCCCUACAAACUCUACCACUACCAGUUCAGGAUUCAAUUUGUCAACCAGAUAGAGAAGACUGAGCACACUCUCACCAUCUCUCUCACUGGGACAAAGGAGGACAGCCCUGAAAUUCCCAUCACUUUCAUCGAGAUCUCAGGCAAUAAGACAUACACCUUUCUGAUCACCCUGGACUCAGAUGUUGGGGACCUGAUGAUGCUGAAGUUCCGCUGGGAGGGGAGUGUUGUAAACAAUAUGUGGAGCAAGAUGCAGACCUUUAACCCCUGGAGCAGUGGGGAAAUGAGGCCCAAGCUCACCGUGGGAAAAAUCCGUGUCAAAGCAGGCGAGACACAAAAUAGGACGACUUUUUGUGCCCAGACAAGUGAUGGAAUAUACAUUCGGCCAUCGCAAGAGAAUGUCUUCGUGCGCUGUAAAGAAAAUGCUCAAAAACAGCACAGAAGAAAAACGCAUUUGUCUUGAGUCGGAUACUUCGAUCAGCAGGGUCGGCUCUAUAGCUUUUUGGGGGCUCUAAACUAGAUUUGGUUGGGGUCUCCCCUCCUUACCGCAAAACAUUUUAG